AAAUGAAACCAACAUGCCGUUCAGACAACUGAAAAGCAAGCUAUAAACCGGUUCGGGAAGAAAGAGAUUGCAGUAUAAGGAAAGAGCUGCGCCUUAAGAAAGGGCCCGGGGCUGUCACUGGAAGACUUCUGGGCUCCCCUCUGGAAGAAGAAAGCCUCCCGUCUGAACAGGCUGUCCCUCCCAUCCCUCACUUGCUCUCGGCAAACUCCUCCAAGCCUUUCCAUUGUGCUCCGCCGCCUUAAUCAGACCGUCAUCUUCUUUGUAGUGGGAAGACUUGCUCGACGCUCUCCGAACCUCCAGCUGCAAUGGAGCUGUAUGGAAAGAUGGCCUCUGCCCAAGAUUCCAGGUUUGGCCAGAAAGACUCCUCCGACCAGAACUUUGACUACAUGUUCAAGCUGCUGAUCAUCGGCAACAGUAGCGUGGGCAAGACGUCUUUCCUGUUCCGCUAUGCAGAUGACUCCUUCACAUCUGCAUUCGUCAGCACCGUCGGCAUUGAUUUCAAAGUCAAAACUGUAUUCAAAAAUGAAAAAAGGAUCAAGCUUCAGAUUUGGGACACAGCAGGCCAGGAAAGAUACAGGACCAUCACCACAGCCUACUAUCGAGGGGCCAUGGGCUUCAUUUUAAUGUAUGACAUCACAAAUGAAGAGUCUUUCAAUGCUGUACAAGACUGGUCAACUCAGAUCAAAACAUACUCUUGGGAUAAUGCCCAGGUUAUCCUGGUUGGAAACAAAUGUGACAUGGAAGAUGAACGGGUCAUUUCAACUGAGAGAGGCCAGCACUUAGGAGAACAGCUUGGCUUUGAGUUCUUUGAGACCAGCGCCAAGGAGAACAUCAACGUGAAGCAAACCUUUGAGCGCCUCGUGGACAUCAUCUGUGACAAGAUGUCUGAGAGCUUGGAGACCGACCCAGCCAUCAUGGCCGCAAAGCAGAGCUCCAGACUCAAGGAAACGCCUCCUCCGCCGCAGCCCAACUGUGGCUGCUAAUGUCUCCCCUGCAGGAGCUCCCAGGGGCUCCCAGGAAACAGCACUUAGAAAUGGUCUAUUAGCCUUCACUUAUACUGCCUAAUAAUUAUUUGAAGGAAGUCUUUGAUGUCAGUGGCCCAUAUAUGCAUUCGAGCCCCGAGCAAUUUCCUGUGCAAACUCUUCCAUUUAUAAGGGUUGUUCAUCUAUAAACUCCUGGUAUUUGCAUGUAACUUGUUAUUUAUUUGUCUAUUAGAUUUUUUUUUUUUUUUUGCAAUUUUUUUUCCUCACUUAAGCUAUUGCUGAAACCUCGGACUAUAAUUUUGAUGCAAAUAACUUUUGUGCCACGGAUUCAAAUCACGCUUCUCAUUCGUAUGGAUGGUGACCUAGGAACCCCGUGUGUGUGUGUGUGUGUGUGUGUGUGUGUGUGUGUGUGUGUGUGGUGUGGUCUGUAUGCAUGCUGUGAACAGGGGGAGAUGUCAGGAAACUUAGUUUUCUUUGCCUUUGGCUAAAAAGGAAGUGAGACUUUUGCUCUUGGUUGGAGACCUGUUACAGGUCUGGGCAGUUUACUAUUAGGAAUUGUAGAUGGAUUGCACUUUCAUUCAUAGUAACUGAGGGGUGUAUUGACUUUUUAAGAAACGAGGGGCCACUCAGGAGGCUGAGGCAGGAGGUUAAUGAGCUAAAGCAGCCUGAGCUACAAAUCACGAAACUCUACCUUAAGAAAACAUUUAAAAAGAAAAGGAAAUUGAUGUGUUUUUGAGGCCCGUGCAAGUUGUCUUGAACCAGACAUUUCGUGCCCCACUGCAAGGCUCACCUUCCCCCUGAUUCUGCGUGUGUGAACAUUGACCCAUGAAGAGACAUCUCGGAAGUGCUGGAGAAGCCAUGGAAUUCCACAGCCUGAGCAGCCUCUGUUCCUUAACCCCACACAGUAAAGCUCCACCGUGGCUCUCUAGAACCAACAGCAGUUCUGAACUAGAACUGGCCUUGAAACCUCCUUAGUGGCCCUCUUCCCGUGUAACGUAGGCAGACUUCUCAGCAGUGAUUUCCAUUCCACCUUCAGCUAAGCUUUUCCACCCAUUUGGAAGGCAAUUGGUAACCUUUCCAUGAGUUCCACAUCGCGGAAAAGACCAUUUUUAUCACCAUGUUUUUCAGAGGAUUUAGAAUUCUAAAGUGUGCCCUUCUUACAUAAGUCUCUAAACAUGCUGAAGUUGCACAGAAGAUUCCAGAAAAUUGAAGAGUUGGAGAGAGGGUGGAGACACUUGGACAUCCAGUCUUUUCUUCUAGGUUUCCUGAAGACCAUCUAGAAAUAAUACACAAAAACCUGGCAAUGUAGGCAGAUACCUUUGAUCCCAGCACUUAGGAAGCAGAGGCAGGAGGAUCUCUUGAGUUCAAGGCCAGCCUGCUCUAUAGAGUGAGCUCCAGGACAGUCAUGGCUGCACAGAGAAACCUGGCCUAGAAAAACAAAAGAAAAGAAACCGCACACAAACAGCAGCGCUUCCCUUCUGGGCUGAGUGGCAGGAGAAACGUGGACCUCGCUACCUUCCAGAAGUAUUUGAGGAACACCGUCUGAGCACAGCAGUUUUUGAAGAACAGGACAAUUUCUUGUUAAGUGGCUUUUUUCCUUUUUGGUAGUUGUAGAAAAGAUCCAUCAUCCCUUCAAAAAUAGAGAGAGAUCUCCUGAAAGUAGCACAAGCUUGCUGGGCAUGGCUAUCGAUGAGACAGUGUGUUCACAUUUCUUUUCACACGCUUAGUUUCCAACUCAUAUAAAUUAGUGGUAAGUUUCCUCGUUGGACACCGGAAGGAGCCAGCCUUGACUCACCAAAGAUAAGAAGACACUAAUAUUUUUUUUUUGAGGUUAAUGACACCUAGAUUCAAGAAUCAUAGAAAUUACCAUGAAGGGAAAGAGAGAAGCAGGGAUCACAAAGCAGUAUUUCUUUGCAAUGGGUACAUAUUCGUAUGACAUUGUCCUGUUUCUCUCACCUGGGCCAGAACAUGGUUGUAUUAAAUCCUACAGCUCUCAAGCUCAGUUUUACAAUCCAGUACAAAACAACGAAGCCAGGAAGCCCAGGCCCCUUUGCUCACGUGCGUACAAUGAGCCUAAGAGGCCUUUGCUUGGGUUCUUCAGAUGGCUGCUUCAGAAGGAUGUUGGCGUAUGUGUUACGUGAAAUGAGGGCAGGUGGGAGAGAAAGGGAAACAACCACGUUUGCUUUCAGGACAGAGGGGCAGCAGCAGCCCUAGUGUCAUCGCCCCAGAACAUUCAGCAUUCCACACCACCUAUUUUCUAAACUCCCGUGAAAGCGCAGUCUUCCCACUUGAUCUUGAAGUACGAAAUUUCAAACCUGCUGUGUGUUUCAUUCCAAAUACUUGGGUGAAAAUUUUCAGAGACCUGCCACUAAGACGAAGAGAAGGCUGCCCAGGUUUCUGUUGUGACUCAGGAAGGGAGGAGAGUCAUCAAAUUUGGCAAAUGGAAACCAGAUAAUAGGACAAUUACUGUCACCCUAAUCCUGAAGGUUUCAACCUUUAGCCACUACAUACAUAUGUAAAAACACGUACUACACCUCCCUAAAUAUGAAUAGGUCCUUAUGACCCAAUGACGUGACUAAAUUUGUAUCUAAAAAGAUGUUUAAAAACUACAUAUUUGUCUUUUUGGUAGGUCUUAGACAUAAUUUCUUGUCGCUAAUGCAAUCAAGUUAGUAAAUUAAGCGUGCCCUGCCCUUCCCAUGUGGUCACCUGGGCACCCCAGCCCAUCCACUGCCUCAGAACUGAACCCUAACUGCUUCAGGAAAACGCCCUCAAGAGCUCUGACAUGGGUUUGUCUCUUUCCUUUCCUCACGCUGGAAUACUGGAAGCUAUUUCAACUAAGUAGACAUCUUGCAGCAUGAAUGGCCGUGGGAGGUUCACGGGGUGUCCUCAGUUCCAAGAUGGCAAGCUAACCAUAAGCCUCAAGUCCAUGGGCUCAAAGGAAGAACUGCUUUAUGACUGGGACUCAGUUCCCUGCCGUUACCCCUGCCAAACAGCAUCUACUGCCAUCCUGAGCUUCUAAGGACUACAAGGGACAAGAGAUUUGUGACAUUCCUCCCUGGGGCCACUGAAUGGUUAGUGUUGCUUGCUGCCAGGUAAAUAAGGGCUGAGAUUGCAUUAGAAAAGGAGUGUCAGUUGUGGUAACAAACGUGAAAUACAAAUUCUACAAAAUUGAAACUGAAGUUAUAUAAGACAUCAAUGGGCUCGAUUAAAAAAUGCGUUUGGUUCCCUUCCUUCACCCUUAUCCAGAUUCAAGUAUUCAGCGCAUUUUUCUUUCUUUCUUUCGUUUUUGGGAAGUAAUUUAAGCUUCUAACUUUAUGUUUGUGACAACAAUAAUUUUAAAGUAAGAUCUAUCCCGCUGUUAACUGAACUUCUUCUAAGCAACGCUCCCCUCAGAGUGUUGGGGUUACUAGUGGCUCAUUGACAUGCUUUAUCCAGUGUGUCCUUUGGUUUUUGUUUGGUUUUUUUAGUUGCCUUUGUGGCACUUGUGGCACUGUAUUAAAAAUCUAUCCAAACUCGCAAGCUUCACCAAGCCAAGAGAGCUGCUACAUGGGAAAAAUGGUGACAUGAAUGACCUUAAAAAACAUGACCCAAACCACUCUAGAUCGAAAAGUUAAUGUUUAUCUCUAACUUCAUCACAACGUUGGAAUGUUCAAUCAGAUACCUUUGGGUGCGCCAUUUUUGCAAGCUGGCCCAUCUGUCCGGGGAACUGUCUGAAUUUUAGUCUUCAUGACAGGCCUGGGGAACCUCUUUUGUGUGCACACCAGUGCGCUCUGUGAGGCUACCCAGGAGGCCUUUGUACUCAUUCGCAACGGCGCCGUGCUCACACUUCUGUGACCUGCUCUGUAAUUGCCUGCCAGUGGUCUCCUUGGUAUGCUAAACCUCUGAAUAGUCAAACAAUAUAUUUUAUAUUUUAUGUUAUUUUUUUUUCCUAGAAAUCAGUUUAGACAUAAACCUGUUUUAUACCCUGGAGUUUAAUUAGGACAAAUUAGGUAAAAGAUAAAUUUGGAUAAUGUUUAUGAACAGAUGGGGGGAGGUGAUCUUUGCCCCUAUACUGCUCCUAAAGGGCUCUAGAGUCUAGAUCUAUAGUAUCCCCAAGGGAGAAAAACAAGUCGUGGGGAUUUAUAUGAAAUUUGCUUACGCAUCGUUAGCAGUAUCUCGUAAAUAAAUGUAUUUUUAAACCAUCCCAUAACAAUCUCCCUGCAGUUUAUUGACAUAUUUAGAGUUGAGACCCCCUCCUACCACCGCCCCUCCCAACAUGCUCUUGAAAAUACUGACCUCUGUUCUGGUGAGGAGAAAAUUUCCCAUCCCGUGCGGGGAAGCGGGGCCAUCUUGCUCUGCACCAUCUGUAAUCACCUCUUACUUAGAAGUUCAAUGGAAUCGAUUCUUCAUGGGCACUUGCUUAGUCUGUGGCCAUGACUUCUAAAACAGAACGAAUGGAGGAGAGAAGGUGCACUUUGUAAACCGUGGAGGUUACAGGAACGAGUCGCCUCAAAACCACAGCUGGGGCCGGAGUGUUAAGAUUAGAUCAUUGCACAUAAGGACAUAUCAGGCUUUGUUCUGCACCGUUCUUUCAUACCUCCGGAUUUUUAGAAAUCAUUAAGGAUAUUUUAAAAGCACUAUCCUCGCUGGAUGACAUCAGGCGUCAGCAUUAAUUUCCCUUCAGCAGCUGUCACCGGUGGAGUUCCCAUCGGUUAUUACUUGCUGAAGUGAGGCUGGGGACAACCUUUGUCUUUCCUUCACCCGUGUUCACUAUUCCUUCACUGUGGACAACUGAGAGUUGCUGUGGCUUUUUUUUUUUGUGUGUGUGUGUGUAGUGGAAAUAUCACCAUAUACUUGUCAUUUGUGGCUAAGGAUUGCUUAGGUUCGUGAGUGCUGUUCUCCUAGAGACAGAUGGUACCUGAGCAGCAUGUGUACCUGGCCUGUCAGGGAUGUGAGCAUGACCUGUGUCUUACUAGUAAAUCCAUAUUCCCUGUCAAAGUGAAGUGUAAGGGUUGUCUGCCGAGUCGAUAGGAUGAUUUUCCAUGCACUUUCCAUCAUCCCUAGAAAGCGUGCUGAAUGGGAACUAUCUUGUAAUCCCUGUUAAUAUAUUGUUAAUGUCAGAUGUGACGUGAAGCCAUUGGACUGUCCAAAUGUACAACUACUUAAUGGUGUUUGUAGAACUGAAAUGUCGUAAAUGUUGCAUGAAGUAUGUUCUAAAAAAAUAGAUUUGUUUUCUAUUUUUCAACACCUCAGAAUUGAGGGUUCAUGGGCCAAUAAGUGCAAUAUUUAAUGACUUACUCAGUGUAUAUAAACUAGCGUGGAAGACGAAUGUGUGAGAUGCUCUGAUAGCUGUGUGCUUAUUCAAAUGAUUUCUAGUAGCAGUAUUUGUCUAGUGGUGCAAUUUAUACAGUCAACAUUUUACUGCAUCAUGGAAAACUCUGUGCCUACUUAAAAGUACCUUUUCCCCCAUUUAUAAGCCAAACAUUUAGGAUCUGAAAACACAUGUCAGUUUUACCUUUUAGAAUUGUGAGUUUUUGUUUCUGAGAAAGAAUGACUGUGAGUUUGUUUUUAUAAAAGUAUUCAUUUCUAUAGUUCAGAAUUUUUCCCUAAUAUUCUUACAAGAGUGUAUUUAGCAGCUAAUUUAGAUACCUAAGGAAAAUAUGCAUAACCAGAAGUCACCUUUUCUCCUCAGAAAAGUUGAUCACAUGUUCUGUCUUUGGAGACCUCCACUCCUGUAUUGUAUGUAUAUUUUAUUGUUACUUGAUUUUGUUCCUUAUUUGCAAGCUCAGCAAUGUCAGCCUUGGAAUCUCUUAGCAUCAUCAGUGUCUUUUUAGUUUGUAGAUAAUGCUAUAUCUGCCUUCAACUCUCAACUGUCCACACUGCUGAUAUAAAAGAAAGAAAUAUCAAUCAAAAUCCUUAAUCCAUUUCGAAGUCUUAAUACACACACACACACAUACAUACUCAUGCAUAAACACACAUUAAAACUUUUUGCUCUGAACCAUACCUACUGUCCUAAAACUUCACAAGGUUGUACACAGUUGGACUAUCAAAAGUUAACCAUGUUUAUGUGUAUGAAAGGUAAGCUAGAUCACCCCUUUAAUUUCCAAUUCGCUGUGUCAAUUCUUAGGGCAAAGCCACAUUUUAGUAUGGUCCUAAUCUUUUUUCCAGGUACCUAGCAAGCCAUUAUACCUUUAAGAAGUAUGAGUCAGUCACUGAAAUCAAUGGAGUGCAGUUGGUUUUUGAUGCCAUUCUCCCUGUACACAGUAAGCGUUCUGGUACCUGACUCUCUAUGGUACAUGACCAGGCCUAUGAAGAGUGCCAGUCAUACUAAGUGAUAUUAGCUUGGGUGGGCAGUAUGUGGGCCAAAGGUAACUGUGCCAGGCUGGAAGUUCUACUCAUCUCUUCCAAUCCACUGAAGAGGUGCAGUGAAAAUGAUGGGUCGGAGAUAGAGAUAGCAAAGACUUAGUGCCAAAUGAAAAGGAAAAUCAAAGUAGGAGCAGGUAGCUGACUACACAGUGAUGAUUUAAGAGUGUGGUUCAAUGCUUCAUUUGUUGUCAAUCUAACAUGGAAGGCGUGUGGCAAACAUAGAUGGUAUAAUCCAAGCGGUAGAUCAUGACAGCACAUAGGAGCAAAAAGAAUGCAGACUUGUAAGAACUGUAAGAGUCAAGGAUGGCUCCUCUGAAGCAGUCAGACAUGAUCCCAGAAAUAAUUAGGUGCUGAGGAGACUGUGCCAAGCAUGCAAACGCAGAAGGCCUCAGGGUGUUCCCUGAGAAUGGAAGGGCAACAGAGUUAGCGACUGCGGAGACUGAAACCCACAAAUUGCCCAGCUUAGCUCUCUGCAUUCUGGUCUACAUGAAGACAGCAAGCUGCUCCAUUAUCGCAUUUCCCUGCACGGGGCAGCCACAGCUCAGCCACAAAACGCCAAGUGCUUUCAAGACACUUUAGAGCAGUUAAUUUAGACAUUUGCCAAUGGGCCAAAACCACAAGGCACUGCCUCUUCCCCCAGGAAGAUACGUCCUCAGAUUUUUUUCUUUAGCUCUGGGUUUUGUUUAAGGGCAUUAGACAAUGCACAAAGAAAGACUCUCCUUUGUGACCGGGUACUUUGGGCUCCUUCUUGGUGACGACACUGUGGAAUGCUUCUCGAGACAAUAUUUAAUGCUUUCUUAUAGUGAUCGUGAUGUUUAGUUGAAAACGGCGGCUGCAUAGCAAGUAUCGUGACUUUUCCUGUGUCCGCAGAAGCUCUUGUCUGAGUUUAAAGCUAUAAAGCAUAUUCACAUUGUGAAAUUAUUAGUAUUGAAAUUAAUUGUGGAAAAAAUGGUACAUGAUCUGUUAGGUAUUUAGUUUGUGUGUGAAUUCUGUAUGAAAAGUGGUUUUGUUCUCUGAGUUUAUCUUGUUUUAUUUUUUGAAGAUUAUAAUAAAUAUCUAAGAGACUAUAUUCCUGAAA